ACAACUAAAGCACGUGGAGCCUUGCCGACAUUCUGACUCUCCUUCAGUAGUGCAUUCACUGCCAUUUCGAAUACUUGACCGAAAAAUAAUUACAAUUUCAAAAAAAAAAAAAAAAAUUAUAUUCUCCGAAGAAAAAAAACAAAAUUUCAUUAAAAAAUAAAAAAUGUGAUUAAUAAAAAAAAGAAAAAAAAAAAAAACUUGUAUGAAAAGAUAGAAGGUAGAAAAAUUUUUGGAAAUGAACGAAAUUUGGAAAUUUGUAACAAUUUUCAAUUUUAUUAUUAAAAUAGUGUCAACGGGAAAUUUAAAUCACGAACAUGGAUUUGCUCAUAGAAACAAUUGGUCUAGGCACAGUGUACAUAAUCGACAUAAUCAUGAUAUUAAUAACAAUAAUGAUGAUCAAUGGAGUCGAUUGACGACGCGUGAUCAUUUUCAAGAGACAACAAAAAAUCCAAUGAUUCAGAAUAUUGUCAUUGAUAAAAAUUUCAAGGACACCGAACGAAAUCAUGAGAAAAAUAUUCGUCAUCAUAUGAUGGAUCAUCGGCAUAUUGAUAAUAAUGAUAAACGAUUAACAUUUAAAAAUCAUGAUAAAUUCAGUGCAAUGGCAAUUAAUGAUUAUAAUAAUGGAAGAAGUCAAGCAUUGGCCUAUGCUACAUUUCACGAUAAUUAUCGUUCAAGAGAAAAUAAUUCACCGGUAUAUCAUCACGUGACGACGACAACGAUGACGCCAACAAUAUAUACCAAGCAUCAUUCUGGACGAAGAGUCUGUACCAGAACAAUGCCAACUUCCGUUUCUCAUCAUCACAGAGGCAGACAAAUAAGACUCGUUUACACUGAAUUCUCCUCGGGAUUCCUUUGUUGUCCAGGUUGGACGCAAGUUACAAGAUUGAGUUUUGGUUGUAAUAAACCAACUUGUACAGAACCUUGUCAAAACGGUGGAGUCUGUACAUCUCCAGGGAUUUGCACGUGCCCCAAGGGAUUCACUGGCAACCAAUGUCAGACAGAUAUUGAUGAAUGCCUGACAGAGAAACCUUGCGCUCAAUUUUGUAGAAAUCUUCCUGGAAAAUAUGAAUGCUAUUGUCGUUAUGGUUUUCAAUUGCAAAGUGACGGUCAAUCUUGUCGAAAAAAUGACAGUGAUGGCACUGCGUUUGAAGCACAUGAUUUGGAAAAUGGUUUUGAAAUAGAAACGACAACGCGUUCAAAUUUUCGUGACACGGAAAAUGAAGUUGGUGAUAAUGAAGAUGAACGGGAUUACGAAGUAAUUCUAAAGAGACUUACUAAACUCGAAAAGCAAUUCGCUCGAGGCAAAAAGAGAGAAACAGAGUCUACAGAUAUGAAUGUAAAAUUAUCUUCAGCAGUUGAAAGUAUCAAUGAAAUAAAACGAGCAGUUGAGAAUGUGCAAUUAAUGCAACAGGAAAUAUAUGAUAUGAGAAGUAAAUUAAAGGAAUUUGAAUUCGAGACAAGAAGAAUGCAACAUUUAUCUAAUCGUGUAAUAGAUUUGGAAAAUAGACUACGUUUACGUUGUAGAUCUUAGAGAAAAAAACAAAAAGUGACUGACAUUUUUUUUUAUUUGCAUUUAUUUCAUGUAUAUUUAAUAAUAAUUGUUAAAAUGUAUUUUUAUCUGACGAUAUUUACAUUAUUAAAUCUUUGUAACAAAAGAUGUGUGUUUUAAUGAAAAAUUCGAUUUCUAGAAAUAUUUAUAAAAAUAUUGUCUAAAAAAAACAAUGAUGAUAAAAAUUAUGAAUCACGUA